AUUAUCGAGUGCGUAUAUUCCUAGAGUUCAUGAAUUUGUAAACAACAAAUAUGUCAAAGAAGGAAUAAAAGGCAUUAUAUAUGCAUAGCAACACGAGUUGGUACCAAAAAUUUGCUGUUUUGUACGGUGACCGUUGAUUAAUAAUUAAAAGCUUCAAAUUAAAAAGUAAGAGUUUCGUGAAUGAGGCGGACAUCUGUAAAAAAGAGAAGGAAUUGUUUUGACAUUUUGUAGACGGUUUUUCCGGUUGGUAACAUAACAUAAUCGAUUGUUAAAGUUUGUACUAAUUGGAUUCUUUUCACAAAAUUCAUCAUGUCUGUAUCACCUCAAGCUUCUGAUGAUAAAAUGUAUCCAAAUAUUGACAGGUAUUUUGAAGCUCCAGAAGAAAAAUCAUAUGAUGCAACUCCUGAUAGUGGGAUACAUGAACUUAAUGGAACCGACCCUGAACAGAGGGCUAGACUUGAAGAGGAGUGGAGAAAUGAAUUAGCCAAAACUGAAGAAGAAAUUGCUACUUUAAGACAAGUUUUAUCAGCUAAAGUGAAACAUUCUCAAGACCUUAAAAGAAAGCUUGGCAUUACUCCAUGGAAAGAACUCAAAGAUGAUAUGGAGCAGAGUCUACGAAAUAUACAAGAAACACCUGCGUUGAAAGAAGUUGGAGGUAAACUUGUCGAAUGGAACAGUGCCAUAACCAGUGCUCCUAUCCUUCCAGGAUUGUUUAGCUCCACAGCUUACCAGAGAACUAGCCAGACACUGAAAACUGCAACUGAGAAAACCACUUCAGUUCUUGGAACAUUGGGUGCAAGCAUGACAAAAAAACUUGGGGAAGUGAAGAAUUCAUCCACAUUUCGUUCUUUUGAAGAAAGAAUGGGAUCAGCAUACACAAAUGUUAAGUCUCGCAUGGGAACACCAAGAAGCACCAGUCUAUAUAAUUUUGAAGACGAAGUGAGUGCUGCUGAUAGAAGAGUUGCUAUGGACAGGCGAGGAGUUUCGUCAUCUGCUAGUACUCCCAUCAUCCCUGAAAGGGAACCUCUACCUUAAAUUUCUGUUUUCACUGUAUAUAUCUUGGGCACCAUCAGUAGAUAUCUGUUAAUGCUGCUACACAUUUAAAGCAUCGCUUGUAACUGUAUAUUUCGCAUGAGCGUUAUUUAAAUAUUAUUUUGCCAAACUUUAUGCAUUACAGAUUAAUCAGCUAGACUUCUAGAUUGACCAAUAAAUGAAAAAUUAAUUUA